GCCUCGAGAGCGAGCAGUUUCUCGGUUGAAAGCAAUACGUAAAUCAGACUGCGUCGCUGGGUCGCAUGGUUUUUCCGCUCUGAAGAGGAGACGAUAACACGCGGCGAUAAAGGUGUGCAACGGUCGCCCAUUCUCCUACAUAUACCGGCGUCGUCGGGGCUCGCAGUCCAUCGUAACACGCCGGGAAAUUUCGCGAGCCACUUUGAGUCAUGAUGCUGAGAGGAAUCGGGUGCGCGGCUGUGCUGGUGGCAUGCAUCGUGCUGGUCCAGGCCCGAACUCCGCAGGAAACAGCCAGGCUGUUUGAGCAAAUGGAGCAAACAUGCUUUACAGAAGCCCGCUUCACGCAAGAGGAAAUUACAACGAUUGUAAACGUUCGCAAAGAAGCUACCGCAGAAGUGGGAUCCCAGAAUGUGAACCGAGUUGUGGAUUUCUUGGAAGUCAUUGACCAGAAGGCACCCAACCUCGCCACAAGUAUUAGGUCCAAGUGGGACGCGUUUAAUGUGUGUACUAGCAGAGAAGCUGAAAAGUUGCUGAGGCCAGCGUCUUGAUGUGUGACAUCGCCGGCAUUUUGAUGUCCUUGGCUGAAACUCAAAGCGCGUACUUCUACGCAAUAAAACAGACCAAAAGAAACCAAAA